AUGGAAGUUCUUCAGUGUGAUGGUUGUGACUUCAGAGCUCAAUCCUAUGAAGAUCUAAAGACUCACAUACAAGAUGUUCAUACAGCAUUUUUGCAGCCCACAGAUGUUACUGAGGAAAGCUCUAGUCAGGCUAGAUCUGUGGGUACGAAUUCCACCAACCAGUCAGACGCUGUGUUUCCUCCUAUGAAAGAUGAAUUUGUGCCUACAGAAGAAACUCAUGGUCAGACUACUCCACAAGCAACUACUGGAUCAUACUACAGUCAGGGCCUUGGAUUCUAUAGUCUACCUUCUGCAAGCAGUUCUAAGCCAACCAAUAAGUUUUUUCAGUGCAAAUUCUGUAUUCGCUAUUUUAGAUCUAAAUACCUUCUUGUGGAGCAUACUAAAAAAGUCCAUGGACCUGGAGGAGGGAACUCUGGAGGUCCUGGAAAUGUAAAUUAUAAUAUUAUGUUACAUGAUGGUUUUGGAAAAGUCUUCUCUUGUCAGUUUUGCACAUACAAGUCACCAAGAAGAGCAAGAAUAAUUAAGCAUCAGAAAAUGUACCACAAGAAUAGUUUAAAAGAAAUGUCAGCAACUUCAGUUUCCCAAACCCCCCCUGUAUCAAUGCCAAUGCAAGAAACGUGUAAAGAACUACCAGCUGAAGUAGUAGAACGUAGCAUUCUAGAAUCUAUGGUAAAACCUCUAACAAAGUCCAGAGGGAACUUCUGUUGUGAAUGGUGCAGCUACCAAACACCACGGCGGGAGCGUUGGUGUGAUCAUAUGAUGAAGAAGCACAGGGGAAUGGUCAAAAUACUAUCAAGUUUAAGACAGGAUGGACUAAAUAUAUCAGAUCUACAAAAUAGAAGUUCUCAAAUACCCAAUCCUGGAUCCAGUUAUAUGCCUCUAAACAUGGCAACACAUGAUACAUCUAAUGCUAGUAUGUCUGCUUAUAGAAAUCCUAUGAGUAAUCUUCCAGGUGGCAAUCCAUCAAAAUAUCAGUCAAUGCCAUAUGUUCCAGUGAAACAACCAAAACUGACUGCAAAUCCUGUCCUUUUGAAUAUGUCAGAAAGGUCACCCUAUGGAAUGUCAGAAAGAUCCAGUUCCAUGAUAGAUAUGGAUGAGAACAGUUUUUUAAAUGAUUCAAGCUCAGAUGAUGACUAUAUUGACUGAUGGGGAAAAUGGUUUAGGUUCAAUGGAACUUGGAAUAUCUGGAGAACCACUGUUGGGAUCUGAGAACAACAAACUGCUGGAGACAAAGGGAAUUCCUUUUAGAAGGUUUAUGAACAGAUUUCAAUGUCCAUUUUGCCCAUUUCUCACAAUGCAUCGACGAAGUAUCUCUCGUCAUAUUGAAAAUAUCCACUUGUCUGGAAAAACCCCUGUUUACAAGUGUGAUGAAUGUCCCUUUUCUUGCAAAAGUCCCCUCAAGCUUGGUGUACACAAGCAGUGCCAUGGUGGCACAUCAUCAGAGUGGGAUCCCAUGAAUUCACUUAGUGAAAGCAUGUCUUCAUCAUUAAAUGAAACAUAUGAGAGUAACAGUAUAAAUGGCAAAAAACCUGGAAGCAUAGCAGACUCUCCUCUCCAGAACCCAUACAAAUGCACUAUGUGCAAUUAUUCUACAACAACUCUAAAAGGUUUGCGUGUUCACCAACAACAUAAACAUUCAUUUUGUGACAACUUGCCAAAUAGUAGUGGUAAUCUGGUACAUCAAUUGCAAGGUGAUGAAACAGAUAUGAACGACUCUAACACAGUAAGAAAGAGUCAAACAUCUAUUUUAGGAUUAUCUUCCAAAAAUAAUUUUGUGGCCAAGACAUCUCGGAAAGGAUCUAGUGAGUUUCCUUUGGACUUGUCACCUGUGAAGAAAAGAACUAGAAUUGAUGAAAUUGCAAGCAAUCUUCAGAGCAAGAUCAACCAAAGCAAACAUAAGGAGGAUGCAGUCAUUAAUGUGGAAGACGAUGAAGAUGAUGAGGAGAAUGAAGUUGAAAUAGAAGUAGAAUUGGACAAAGAGGAGGAUCCAUCAGAACAGAUGGAGUCAGCAGAUCAAUAUCCUAUUCAACAGUUGUGGAAUAGAGAUCUUGGAAUGUCCCCAAAGAACACAAACUUCAGAAACAUUCAGAAUAAUUAUUCUGGAGGCAAUAGUGCAGAAAUUGAGUUGACUUUAUCAGAUGAUGAAGAGGACUACUAUUACCAGUCUGCUAGCAUGAAAGACCAAGAACACAAUUCUAUUGUUUUAAACCAGUCCAGUCUCUAUGAGAGUGACCAACUGGGUGAAAAUUUGGAAUUCAGUGAUGAAUCUGGAAGGUUAUAUUACUGCAAACACUGUGAUUUCAGCAACAAAUCUGCUCGAAGUGUUAGUACUCAUUAUCAACGCAUGCAUCCCUACAUAAAGUUCAGUUUUAGGUAUAUCUUGGAUCCUAAUGAUCACAGUGCUGUAUACAGAUGUCUUGAAUGCUAUAUUGACUAUAACAAUUUUGAGGACUUGCAACAGCACUAUACAGAGCACCAUCCUGAAGCAAUGAAUGUUCUCAAUUUUGACCAGUCAGAUCUGAUUUAUAAAUGCCGGUUUUGUUCAUACACAAGCCCUAAUGUUCGGAGCUUGAUGCCACACUACCAAAGAAUGCACCCAACUGUAAAAAUCAAUAAUGCUAUGAUAUUUUCCAGUUAUGUUGUUGACCAAUCAGAAGACCUUAACUCUGAGUCACAAACGUUAAGAGAAAUCUUAAAUUCUGCUCCAAAAAACAUGUUGACAUCCACCCCAUCAAGUCAUGGAAAUAGCUCUACAACAUCCUUUGCUAAAAAUACCACAAAGUCAUUUGCUACAGAAAAUGACAGCCAGAAGAGUUCUUCUGUUAACAAUGUUGUAGUUUAUGACUGUGACAUUUGUGGAUUUGCAAGUCCAAACAUGCAUUCUGUUUUAGUUCACUGCCAGAAGAAGCAUCCUGAUGAGAAGGCAUCUUACUUCAGGAUUCAAAAAACAAUGCGGGUCGUUCCUGUGGAUAGUGGAACAGCCAUUUCUCAGUUGGCAUUCGAUGGAGGUGCUUCUGUUACUCCUAGUAUUACCAAUGUGGCUUCCCCCCCAGAAGUAAAUGUUGAGCUAUAUUAUUGCAAGCAUUGUUCAUAUAGCAACCGCUCUGUUGUUGGAGUAUUGGUACAUUAUCAAAAGAGGCAUCCUGAAAUUAAAGUAACUGCUAAGUAUAUUAGACAGGCACCACCAACGUCUGAGUCACUGAGAAAUGUAGAUGGCCAAACAAAACACACCAGGAAAGCUGCCACCUGUUCCACCUCAUACCACAAAAAAAAGGAGCCAGCCGAAAGAUAAUGAGAUGUUUUUCUGUCAGCAUUGUGACUAUGGAAAUCAAACAGUCAAAGGAGUUCUUAUACAUUAUCAAAAGAAGCACAAAGACUACAAGGUAAAUGCAGAUACUGUUAGGCAGCAUACAGCUGCAAUAAGGAGUCUUUGUGAACAAGGCCAAAAGAAAGCUACUAGUACACAUAAUUUACCUUCCGUUACAGAGUCUGAAAAGACAAAACUUAGAAGUCUCAAAUGUAGGCAGUGUUCAUUUUCAACACCAUAUGUUUAUGCCCUGAGAAAACAUAUGAAAAAAGAUCAUCCUCAUCUCAAGGCUACUGUGACUUCAAUUUUGAAGUGGGCUUUCUUAGAUGGAUUUAUUGAAGCAGGUUAUCACUGUGAAUGGUGCAUUUAUUCUCAUCCAGAGCCAAGCGGUCUUCUUGAACAUUACCAAAGGAGGCAUCCCGAGCACUAUGUGGAUUAUACUUAUAUGGCAACAAAGUUGUGUGCAGGACCUGAUUCUGCACAUGCACAAGUAACACCUGAAACCAAGUCGUACAAUUGCAGAGACUGUAACUUUGAAGCUCCUUCUAUAUGGGAUAUCACUAAUCAUUAUCAAUCUUUCCAUCCAUGGGCACUGAAAGGAGAUGAAUCUGUACUUCUUGACAUCAUAAAGGAGAAAGGAGCUGUACAAAGGUCACAUUUAGAAGAAAUUUCAUUGCAGACUGAGUUUAUCCAUAAAGAUUCCAUAAACUUAGAGCCAUUUUUUGAGAGUGCAGAUGACUCCAGUAUAUUGCAAGAAAAAUCUGCACAGCUGUCCUCUUCUCAGUCUUCUUCACCAUAUCAGUGCACAGUCUGCCAAUCUGAAUACAACAAUUUACAUGGCCUUCUAACACACUAUGGUAAGAAGCAUCCUGGCAUGAAGGUUAAAGCUGCUGAUUUUGCACAGGAUGUAGACAUAAACCCAGGAGCAGUGUAUAAAUGUAGACAUUGCCCAUACAUUAACACACGUAUUCAUGGUGUUCUUACCCACUACCAAAAACGUCAUCCUUUGAUAAAGGUCACAGCUGAAGAUUUUGUGCAUGAUGUAGAACCACCUAAUGAAUCAACUCAAAAUGAAAGUGAAGAAAAUAAUAAAAUAUUUAAACAAGGAUAUGGUGCCUACAGAUGUAAAUUAUGCCCCUACACCCAUGGUACACUAGAAAAACUGAAAAUUCAUUAUGAAAAAUAUCAUCAUCAAGCAGAACCUAACAUGCUCUCUAAAACAUCAGAGACAGAAGCUUCUAUUGCCUACACAGAUAUUCAGUCUGAUCACAUACCUCCUCAUACAGUAGUUACUCUGGAACCAGGGGAAGUUACUGGACUUGCAGGCUUCAGACCACGCAAGAACAUUAACCCACACACUGUCUUCAGAUGUCAGCUGUGCAAAUAUUUCUGCUCUACCAGAAAAGGGAUCGCAAGGCACUAUCGUAUCAAACAUAAUAAUGUACGAGCUCAACCAGAAGGCAAAAAUAAUCUGUUCAACUGUGCACUUUGUUCCUAUACUAAUCCAAUUCGAAAAGGGCUUGCUGCACAUUACCAGAAACGACAUGACAUAGAUGCAUACUAUACACAUUGUCUAGCAGCAUCUAGAACUGUAAAUGAUAAACAAAACAAAGUUGUCAUUUCUACUCCUCAUAAUGAAGAUUCUUCUGAAAUGAAUGAUGAUUUGAAAAAGGCCAUUGAGAGGAAAAAAUGUUCUCUUUGUGCAUUUCAGUCUUAUAGCAAAAAAGGGAUUGUAUCACAUUAUAUAAAAAGGCAUCCUGGGGUUUUUCCUAAAAAACAGCAUGCUAGUAAGCUUGGUAGUUUUUUUACACUUGUGUAUGGUGAAGAAAAUGAGAGCCAAAUCUGUUUGGAAGAAAAACCUGAAAUGGAUGCACCAUCGGAGGACUCAGAACCCCAAGAACCAGAAUUACUUCCAUUUAGAUGUAUCAAAUGCUUUAAGUUGUCAUUUAGUACAGCUGAUCUUCUCUGCAUGCACUACACAGACCAUCACAGCAAAGACAUAAAGAGGGACUUCUCCAUCUUGGGUACCACAGGUACCCGUUCUUAUACAACCAUGUAUCAGUGCAAACACUGCAAUGUCAAAUUAAGCAGCGUCGCUGAGCUAACCUUCCAUCUAAACAUACACAUUGAAGACUUCCAAAAACGUGCCAAACGGCAAGAGAGGAGGAAGCAGCUGUUACAAAAGCAAAAAACUGCUGAAAGUUCAGUUCCAGAUGGCAAGCAAGAAAAGACAGGAAGUGGUCAAGAGACAGUGAAAAAGAGAUUAAAGGAAAAGGUAGUUGUGGGCUACAAAUGUAAAUUCUGCGUGGAAGUCCAUCCCACUCUUCGAGCCAUCUGUAAUCAUCUCCGCAAACAUAUCCAGUAUGGAAAUGCUCCCUCACUUCCACCCGAAUUAAAGGGCUUGCGUUCCCAUGAGAGAAGUCACUUGGCACUAGCCAUGUUUACUCGAGAAGACAAAUACAGCUGCCAGUUCUGCUCCUUUGUCUCUGCCUUCAGGCACAAUUUGGAUCGGCACCUCCAAGAACACCAUGGACAUUACAAGCCAUUUAGAUGUAAACACUGCCCAUUCAAAUCUUCUUCAAAUAGCCGUCUAAAAACACAUAUUGCAAAAGCACACGGAGGUGAACAUGCCUACAAGUGCUCAUUUUGUUCAGUAUCAAAAAUGACAAUCAGUCAGUUGAAAGAUCACUGUAUAAAGGCCCAUGGGAAAACGCUUACACUACCAAAGCUUCGGACUAUGGUUCCAAGUAGCCCACGUGCCAAACAAAGUUCACGAAUUGGGAAGGAAGGUCCAGAGGGUAAGAAGACACUUCAAGCCAUGUAUUUUGAACCACCAGAUGUCCAGCAGCAGCUCAAUCAUUAUCAGUCAGCUGCUUUAGCCAGAAAUAACAGCAAUAAUAGUCCUGGACCUCUACCUGUGGUUAAAAUGGCACUAGAACAUAAAGAAGAUUUUAUCCUCAAGUGUGAAUUUUGUGAUUUUUCCUCUGGGUACAUUCAAAGCAUUCGUCGUCACUACAGAGACAAACAUGGAGGAAAGAAACUCUUCAAGUGCAAAGACUGCAACUUUUAUACAUGCUAUAAAUCUGCUUUUACCAUGCAUGUAGAAGCAGGCCAUUCAUCUGUUCCCAGGAGGGGCCCAAAGAUCUCCGAUGUCCUCUCUGCCUGUAUCAUACCAAAUAUAAACACAAUAUGAUAGAUCAUAUUGUCCUGCAUAGAGAAGAGAGAGUUGUCCCCAUCGAAGUUUGCCGCUCCAAAUUAUCAAAACAACUGCAGGGAGUUGUAUUUCGCUGUGACAAAUGUACCUUUACUUGCUCCAGUGAUGAAAACCUGCAGCAGCACAUUGAGAAGCACAAUGAACUAAGGCCCUACAAAUGUCAGCUAUGUUAUUAUGAAGCCAAGCAAAAUGAAGAACUAGAUGGUCACCUUAGGGAGGAACAUAAGGUAUGCCGCAAUUUUGAGCUUGUUGGACUAGUUAAUUUGGAUCAGUUGGAACAGUUGAAAGAUAAAACAGAGGUUUCAAGCAGUGAUGAAGAAGAAUCUGCUGCUAAGCAAGAACUUACCAUGCAGGUUCCUGAUGUCAAGGUUACUGCUGAAGAGAAGCGUUUCCCUUGUGAAUUCUGUGGAAGAACCUUUGCACUUAGCACAGAAUGGGGGAAAAGCAUGUUUUAAGGCAUGGCAUGACUGUAGUUGUAGUUGAAAAUAAGAAAGAGAAUGAAGAACACAUAAAUCCAAAUGAAAAUGUUGGGGACACUUAUAAUGAAGCAAAGCAAGCAGAGGAAAGUAUUGACACUUCUCAGCAAACAAAAACAUCAUGUCUGAACCUUGUGGUGACCAAAAUGGAAUAA